CAAGGAGCCACUGUUUUUCAAACAUAGCAUCAACAUAGAAGUUAUUUUGUAGGCUCCAGGAUGCAGCAAUGGGCUGCACUGCCAGCAUUGUUCUGCUUCAAGCUUUUCGUUCUGUGGUCCAGAGGAGCUGUCCACACAUUUGUAGACGACGCCAAGAGGAACCAUCCCACGAAAUUUUGCCUCUGGAAAGUGACGAUGAAAUGAGUAGACCCAGAACCCUCAUCAUCAUGCAGGAAAAACCCAGGCUCCUCGAGCCUUUGGAUUAUGAAACUGUCAUUGAAGAACUUGAAAAGACCUAUCGGAAUGAUCCCCUCCGAGAUCUUCUGUUCUUCCCCAGUGACGACUUUUCAACAGCCACGGUGUCUUGGGAUAUUCGAACAUUGUACUCAACGGUACCGGAAGAUGCAGAACACAAAGCGGAAAAUUUACUGGUGAAAGAGGCUUGUAAAUUUUAUAGUUCCCAAUGGCAUGUGGUAAACUACAAAUAUGAACAAUAUUCUGGAGACAUCCGACAGUUACCCCGAGCAGAAUACAAACCAGAGAAACUUCCCUCACAUUCCUUUGAGGUUGACCAUGAAGACGCUGAUAAGGAUGAAGAUACCACCUCCCACUCGUCCUCCAAGGGCGGUGGGGGAGCGGGAGGAACUGGAGUUUUCAAGUCUGGCUGGCUCUACAAGGGGAAUUUUAACAGCACCGUGAACAAUACCGUUACUGUUCGGUCCUUCAAAAAGCGCUACUUCCAGCUGACUCAGUUGCCAGAUAACUCCUACAUCAUGAAUUUUUACAAAGAUGAAAAAAUAUCCAAAGAACCCAAAGGCUGCAUCUUUUUGGAUUCCUGUACAGGUGUGGUACAGAAUAACAGACUAAGAAAGUAUGCCUUUGAAUUAAAAAUGAAUGACCUAACCUAUUUUGUGCUGGCCGCUGAGACAGAGUCAGAUAUGGAUGAAUGGAUCCACACCCUCAACCGCAUCCUGCAAAUCAGUCCUGAGGGGCCCUCUCAGGGGAGGAGGAGCACAGAGCUUGCAGAUCUGGAGCUGGAUUCGCUGGAUAAUUCUAUAACUUGUGAAUGCAUGCCAGAGGAAACAGAGUCUUCAGAAAACAGCCCACACCCAGACUUCGCAAAAUACCUCACAGAAACUGAAGAGACUGUCAAAACAACCCGAAAUAUGGAGAGGCUAAAUCUGUUCUCUCUGGAUCCAGAUAUAGAUACCUUGAAACUUCAGAAAAAGGACCUUUUAGAAACUGACUCUGGGAUCAAACCAUUUGAAGAAAAAGCUGCCAAGAGAAUCAUGAUCAUUUGUAAAGCUCUCAACUUAAAUCUUCAGGGAUGUGUUACGGAGAAUGAGAAUGAUCCGAUAACGAAUAUUGAGCCUUUUUUUGUGAGUGUGGCACUUUAUGACCUCAGAGAGAGCAGGAAAAUUUCUGCCGAUUUUCACGUGGAUCUAAAUCACACUGCUGUCAGGCAGAUGCUCUCAGGGGCUUCGGUGGCUUUGGAAAAUGGAAACAUUGACACUGUCACUCCCAGACAAUCAGAAGAACCUCACAUCAAAGGAUUUCCAGAGGAAUGGCUAAAAUUUCCAAAGCAGGCUAUAUUUUCUGUAAGCAAUCCCCAUUCUGAAAUUGUUUUGGUGGCCAAAAUAGAAAAAGUACUGAUGGGGAACAUUGCAAGUGGUGCUGAACCUUACAUUAAGAAUCCAGACUCCAACAAGUAUGCACAAAAGAUACUAAAAUCCAACAGGCAAUUCUUCAGCAAGUUGGGCAAAUACCGCAUGCCCUUUGCUUGGGCGGUAAGAUCAGUAUUUAAGGACAACCAAGGAAGUGUGGACAGAGACUCAAGAUUUUCACCGUUGUAUAGACAAGAAAGUAGCAAGAUUUCAACAGAGGACCUGCUAAAACUAGUGUCAGACUACAGAAGGGUUGACAGAAUAAGCAAAACACAGACCAUCCCUGGAAGCCUGGAUAUUGCCGUUGACAACGUUCCUUUGGAGCAUCCAAACUGUGUAACAUCGUCCUUUAUCCCUGUCAAGCCUUUCGAUGUGACGGCUCAACCAGAACCCACAGUGGAGGUUGAAGAAUUUGUUUACGACUCAACAAAGUAUUGCCGUCCUUACAGAGUAUACAAAAAUCAGAUUUACAUUUACCCCAAGCACCUCAAGUAUGAUAGCCAGAAAUGUUUCAACAAGGCUCGAAAUAUAACUGUGUGCAUUGAAUUCAAAAAUUCUGAUGAAGAAGGUGCCAAACCCGUGAAGUGUAUUUAUGGAAAACCUGGAGGGCCUCUCUUCACCUCAGCUGCCCACACUGCAGUUCUGCAUCAUUCCCAGAAUCCGGAUUUCUCUGAUGAGGUGAAAAUUGAACUACCGACACAGCUCCAUGAGAAACACCAUAUUUUGUUUUCUUUUUACCAUGUCACUUGUGACAUAAAUGCCAAGGCUAAUGCCAAGAAAAAGGAGAUGCUGGAAACAUCAGUGGGAUAUGCUUGGCUUCCCCUGAUGAAACAUGAUCAGAUAGCUUCUCAAGAAUACAAUAUCCCAAUAGCAACAGGCCUGCCUCCUAAUUAUUUAAGCUUUCAAGAUUCUGCAAGUGGAAAGCAUGGUGGGAGUGACAUUAAGUGGGUUGACGGUGGCAAGCCACUCUUCAAAGUAUCGACAUUUGUGGUGUCCACAGUAAAUACUCAGGAUCCCCAUGUGAACGCAUUUUUCCGACAGUGCCAAAAAAGAGAGAAAGAUAUGUCUCAGUCACCUACCUCGAACUUCAUCCGGUCUUGUAAGAACCUAUUGAAUGUGGAAAAGAUUCACGCAAUCAUGAGUUUUCUGCCUAUCAUCUUGAAUCAGCUCUUCAAGGUGCUGGUCCAGAAUGAAGAAGAUGAAAUAACUACAACUGUGACCAGGGUUCUGACCGACAUUGUGGCCAAAUGCCAUGAGGAACAGCUGGACCACUCUGUCCAGUCGUACAUUAAGUUCGUGUUCAAAACCAGGGCAUGCAAGGAGAGAACUAUACAUGAGGAGCUGGCUAAAAAUGUGACUGGUCUUUUGAAAUCAAAUGACUCAACAACAGUAAAGCAUGUCCUGAAGCACUCCUGGUUCUUCUUUGCAAUUAUCCUGAAAUCAAUGGCCCAGCACUUGAUUGACACAAAUAAAAUUCAGCUUUCUCGAGCUCAGAGAUUUCCGGAAUCUUACCAGAAUGAAUUGGACAAUCUCGUCAUGGUCCUAUGUGAUCACGUGAUUUGGAAAUAUAAAGAUUCACUUGAAGAAACAAGAAGGGCAAAUCACAGCGUUGCCAAAUUUCUUAAGCGCUGUUUUACAUUUAUGGACCGGGGCUAUGUAUUUAAGAUGGUUAACAAUUAUAUCAGCAUGUUCUCCUCUGGUGAUCUCAAGACCUUAUGCCAGUAUAAAUUUGAUUUUCUUCAAGAAGUAUGUCAGCAUGAACACUUUAUUCCUUUGUGUCUCCCCAUAAGAUCAGCAAACAUUCCGGAUCCCUUGACACCUUCGGAAUCAACUCAAGAGUUACACGCAUCAGAUAUGCCUGAAUAUUCGGUCACGAAUGAAUUUUGCCGCAAACACUUCUUAAUUGGAAUUCUGCUCCGAGAAGUUGGCUUUGCCUUGCAAGAAGACCAAGACAUCAGGCACUUAGCUUUAGCUGUCCUAAAAAAUCUAAUGGCUAAGCAUUCAUUUGAUGAUCGAUACAGAGAACCAGAGAAGCAGGCCCAGAUAGCAAGCUUAUACAUGCCCCUCUAUGGCAUGCUUCUGGACAAUAUGCCAAGGAUUUACCUGAAGGACCUAUAUCCUUUUACUGUCAACACAUCUAAUCAGGGGUCUAGAGAUGAUCUCAGCACCAAUGGAGGAUUUCACACCCAGUCAGCUAUGAAACAUGCAAACUCUGUGGACACAUCAUUUUCUAAAGAUGUUUUAAAUUCCAUAGCAGCAUUUUCAUCAAUAGCUAUUUCUGCAGUAAACCAUGCUGACUCCAGAGCAUCCUUAGCGAGUCUUGACUCCAACCCAAGCACCAAUGAGAAGAGCAGUGAGAAGACUGACAACUGUGAAAAGAUCCCUAGGCCCUUAUCUUUGAUAGGGUCAACUCUUCGAUUUGACAAGUUAGAUCAAGCAGAAACCAGAAGUCUUCUCAUGUGCUUUCUUCACAUUAUGAAGACAAUUUCAGAGGAGACGCUGAUUGCCUACUGGCAAAGAGCACCUAGCCCAGAGGUGUCUGACUUCUUCAGCAUCUUAGAUGUUUGUCUUCAAAAUUUCAGAUACCUCGGGAAACGAAAUAUAAUAAGAAAAAUUGCUGCUGCAUUUAAAUUUGUGCAGUCCACCCAGAACAAUGGAACUCUCAAAGGAUCUAAUCCUUCCUGCCAAACAUCAGGCCCCUUGUCACAAUGGAUGCAUACCACAUCCACUCAUGAAGGACAUAAGCAGCACAGAUCACAAACUUUACCUAUAAUUCGAGGCAAAAAUGCACUUUCAAACCCCAAACUCUUACAGAUGUUAGACAAUACCAUGUCCAGCAACUCCAAUGAAAUAGACAUUGUGCAUCAUGUGGACACAGAGGCCAAUAUAGCUACAGAAGUUUGCCUGACUAUUCUAGACCUGCUAUCCCUUUUCACCCAGAUUCACCAGAGACAACUCCAACAAUCUGAAUGUCAAAACUCAAUGAUGAAGAGGGUGUUUGAUACCUACAUGCUCUUUUUCCAAGUCAACCAGUCAGCCACAGCACUGAAGCAUGUGUUUGCCUCCUUAAGACUGUUUGUAUGCAAGUUUCCUUCAGCAUUCUUUCAGGGGCCUGCUGACCUGUGUGGAUCAUUCUGCUAUGAAGUCCUGAAAUGCUGUAACCACAGGUCACGGUCAACGCAGACUGAAGCAUCAGCACUUCUGUACUUUUUCAUGAGGAAGAAUUUUGAAUUUAACAAACAGAAGUCAAUUGUCCGAUCCCACUUACAACUCAUCAAGGCUGUAAGCCAGUUAAUAGCAGAUGCCGGGAUUGGAGGCUCUCGGUUUCAACAUUCCCUUGCAAUUACCAAUAAUUUUGCUAAUGGAGACAAGCAGAUGAAAAACAGCAACUUCCCAGCAGAGGUGAAAGAUCUGACGAAACGUAUAAGGACUGUUUUGAUGGCAACAGCACAGAUGAAGGAACAUGAGAAGGACCCCGAGAUGCUGGUGGAUCUCCAGUACAGUCUGGCAAACUCCUAUGCAAGCACCCCUGAGCUGCGGAGGACAUGGUUGGAAAGCAUGGCCAAGAUUCACGCGAGAAACGGAGACUUAUCCGAGGCUGCAAUGUGCUACAUCCACAUCGCUGCCCUCAUUGCAGAAUACCUGAAAAGAAAGGGUUACUGGAAAAUGGAAAAGAUAUGCACACCAUCCCUGCUCCCGGAGGAUAUCCACCCCUGUGAUAGCUACCCAUUACUAACAGCUCCUGGUGGAGGAAGUAUGUUCUCUAUGGGCUGGCCAGCUUUUCUGAGCAUUACACCAAAUAUUAAAGAAGAAGGAGCAAUGAAAGAAGAUUCGGGAAUGCAAGACACACCAUACAAUGAGCAUAUCCUGGUAGAGCAACUCUACAUGUGUGUGGAGUUUCUUUGGAAGUCUGAGCGAUACGAACUCAUCGCUGAUGUCAACAAACCCAUCAUUGCUGUCUUUGAGAAGCAGAGAGACUUCAAGAAAUUAUCAGAGCUCUACUACGACAUUCAUCGAUCAUACCUCAAAGUUGCAGAGGUGGUGAACUCCGAAAAGCGGCUGUUUGGUCGCUACUAUCGUGUAGCAUUUUAUGGGCAGGCUGUGGGCUUUUUUGAAGAAGAGGAAGGUAAAGAGUACAUUUAUAAAGAGCCUAAGCUGACGGGCCUCUCAGAGAUUUCCCAGAGACUGCUCAAGCUCUAUGCAGAUAAAUUUGGAGCAGACAAUGUGAAGAUAAUCCAGGAUUCCAACAAGGUAAACCCCAAGGAUCUGGACCCCAAAUAUGCCUACAUCCAGGUGACCUAUGUCACACCGUUCUUUGAGGAAAAGGAAAUAGAGGACCGGAAGACAGAUUUCGAAAUGCACCACAACAUUAACCGCUUCGUGUUUGAGACGCCCUUUACGCUGUCGGGCAAGAAGCACGGCGGGGUGGAGGAGCAGUGCAAGCGGCGCACCGUCCUGACCACAAGUCACCUGUUCCCCUACGUGAAGAAGAGAAUACAAGUCAUAAGCCAAUCGAGCACAGAACUGAAUCCUAUUGAAGUGGCGAUUGAUGAGAUGUCCAAGAAAGUGUCUGAGCUUAAUCAGCUUUGCACAAUGGAGGAAGUGGACAUGAUCAGACUGCAGCUCAAAGUCCAAGGAAGUGUCAGCGUGAAGGUUAAUGCUGGGCCAAUGGCCUAUGCGCGAGCUUUUCUUGAAGAGACCAAUGCAAAGAGAUACCCUGACAACCAAGUAAAACUUUUGAAGGAAAUCUUCAGGCAAUUUGCAGAUGCGUGUGGGCAGGCCCUCGACGUGAAUGAGCGGCUCAUCAAGGAGGAUCAGCUGGAGUACCAGGAAGAGCUGCGGUCGCAUUAUAAGGACAUGCUCAGCGAACUCUCCACAAUCAUGAAUGAGCAGGUAAGACUUGGUUUGAGGCGGCCCAAGCUGCCAGUUCCUAGAAACUGGCCAUUAUAUUCCCAGUGCCAAAAGGACUGUAAAUGUCUCUUUUACAUGAACACCACGGCACUGAGUUGCUCACUCCUCCAUGCACAACGCCCCUUGCCUCUCAAAGCGGAGAGCAGGUUGGGGGAAAAUCUAUAGGGGAAAAAAAAAAACAGAAAAGGUGAGAACCCAGGUAAUUUCCAAAGUUUUCAGAUAUGUUCAUCCAAACCAUAUGAGCUGUUGGCUUUUGAGAAUAGAUGGAACCCAUUAGACAAAGAAUAUUGGGUGACAUUCCACUAGGUUUGCUGCUGCACCUGUCACCCCUGAUUUAGGACCUCACAACUCCUCCCUGGCUGUGGGGUAGAGUUCCACAGUCCUGCCACCAGGAGUCUCUGUACUAAGAAGAACGCCAGGUCUAGGGUGGUGACUUUUUAAGGUGGAGACUGCAUCUACAGAGCCUGGAAAUUCCUGAUGACGUGCAGAAUUGGGUAAAACUUAAUCCUCUACCCCACCAGCACGUCAUCCAUGCAUCCAGCAUGUUCCAUAAGGCUGUGCACAAAAUCAGGAUAUUCGUUAAUCACAGUACUUUUUGAGAUACAGAGAAUCAAGAGGUCGAAAGUCAAGUGCUACCCUUUGGCUUCUCAGCAUCCAUCAACCCUCACACUCGACCUGGACAUCUUCUUAUUCAUGGUCUCCUCCAGGAGUUAGAUGUGCCCUUUACAGGAUAAUUGACAGGAAAAUUUGAAUAAUCUCCUAACAGUGCCCCAUGCAUAGUAGCCACUCAAUAAAAAUUAGCUCUCCUUCAUUUCUUUAAAUGGUUUAGCGCUAGCAACACAAUUCACAAAGCAUGAAAUGUAACGCAUGAAUAUUUUCUUCUAAGUGCAUUUCUCAUAUGUUUCUUUUUUUCUUCUUUUCCAUCUCCUUUUACACACAUUUUAAACUCUCCAAAGUAGCUAGGGAAAGAAACUGGUUAAUUGACUUAUGUUGGAGAUCAUUAAUCUCCCUGGAUAGAAUUCCUCAAUGAGGGAUUAUUAUUAGUGAUUUGAGACUAUUAAAGGGUGAUGGGAAUUAAAAACUCAAGAGAGGUGCCUUGAUUGCAUGGGGUAAUCAUAAAUCUGAGGGUGAAACAAAAAGAACAAGCAGUGGAUCUUAAAGCUGGAAAAGGUAGUGAAGAAAUGCUUGUUUCCAACUAUAAAUUGCAUUCCAACUAUAAGUUGCAUCCAACUAUCAAUUGCAAUUGAAUUGCCUUGAAACUU